UGUCCGCCCAGACGCCACUUUCCGGGCUCCCGGCCUCGGCUCCGUGCAGAGGAAGAGGAAAUGAGUGCGGCCGCCGCGCCGGCGCCCGAACGGGGUUGGAAGAGCGAGAAAGUGGACGAGGCGCAGGCCCUGGCGCGGAGCUGCGCCGCCCGCAGACCCGACUUCCAGCCGUGCGACGGGCUCUCGAUCUGUGCAACUCACAGCCAUGGCAAGUGCUUCAAGCUGCACUGGUGCUGUCACCUAGGAUGGUGUCACUGCAAAUACGUAUACCAGCCCAUGACCCCUGUGGAACAGCUGCCAAGCACUGAGAUUCCUGCCAGGCCUCGGGAACCCACAAACACCAUUCAGAUCUCAGUCUCGCUCACCGAACACUUUUUGAAAUUCGCAUCUGUCUUCCAGCCUCCCCUUCCCCCAGACUCCCCCAGGUACUGUAUGAUUUCAGACCUCUUCAUCGACAACUAUCAGGUUAAAUGCAUCAACGGGAAGAUGUGCUACGUGCAGAAGCAGCCGGCGCCACAUUCCCACAAGAUGAGCCCCGAGGAGGUCUCUGCACACGAUGCCUUAAUUUCAAAAGAGAGCAAUACGCCAAAAAUAGAUCACUGCUCUUCUCCCUCAAGUUCUGAGGACUCUGGGAUCAAUGCGAUUGGGGCUCACUAUGUGGAGUCAUGUGAUGAGGACACAGAAGAAGGAGCAGAACUGAGUUCAGAGGAAGAUUACAGUCCAGAGAGCAGCUGGGAGCCGGAUGAGUGCACCCUGCUCUCCCCCUCGCAGUCUGACCUGGAAGUGAUCGAAACAAUAGAGACCACCGUGUGAGUCCAGGCGCCCUCGGACCCACACUGAGCUUUUGUACUUUGGUCUGAUGGACCCUUUUCCAAUGCUGUUGAUAUUUUCUACCCCUCCCCACCAACCAUAGCAGUUCAGUGGUCUGCUGAUUAGUGUCACUCUUAAA